AUGGGGCUGCGGCCACGUUGUUUCCAAACACGACAGGCCCUGGCCGCACGCCACCUGGCCCGGCUCCCCCGCCUCCGCCUGGAUGGAGACGUGAUUAAGAAGCCGCCCUCCAUGGACAUGGCAAGCAAGAAAUGCCAGCAGGUGCUGAUGGAGCUGGAGGGGGUGCUCCAGCACUUGGAAGUGAUGUUCAGUUUGACGCUGGUUCCCCGUGUUCUUAUUCUGCUUGGUGGCAAUGCUGUGAGCCCCAAGGAGCUUUAUGAGCUCAACUUAGAGGGUAUCUGUGUGGGCAGCGCUGAGGAGAGCCUGAAAACCCCAUUCUGCGUGCGUAAACUUUUUCACUCGCUCUUCAUAGCGGAUGUCUUCAGUGAACUUAAGGUUCUCCCCAUCGUGGGCACUGUCGUUAUGCUCCAAGGACACCGCGACUGUGGUGUUGAUUGGUUCCGGCCCAAGCUCAACUACAAAGUGCCGACUCGAGGAAGGAAACUAACUGUCAACUUGUCCUCUGAUGGAGACGUCAGUAUAAGUGCCUCAUCUCCUCAGGGUAUGACAUCGGCCUGGGAGGAUUACAUAUGGUUUCAAGCACCGGUGACGCUCAAGGGAUUUCAUGAAUGACUCGUGCUUUAUAGAACUUCAAUGGAUUAUUGAAUAACCUUUGGUGCUGCUUUAGGUGAUGACUAUUUUAUCAAAUGUAAUUGCAUAUUCUUGUCUCUCUGGAUCUUUUCUCCAGGGCAUCUGCUAUCUUCCUGUAGCUGGACUGUGUUCAUCUUUCUAUGAAACAGCUGUAAAAUUCUUCCCCAUGUUGUUAUUGAAAACAAAUACCUUUUAAGGUACAGUUACUUAUCGAUACAGGCAUUCUUUAGGAACCUGGGCUGUGGCACAGCAGAUGGAACUACUGUGCUGGGAGUAAAACUUUCUUGCAGCAUGCUUACUGAACUGGCAAAUACUGGAUAUGAUCUUCUCUCUCCUGAGUUUUAAUGCAGCAGUUCCUCUAGCAAUAAUUAUUACUUUACCAAAUUGUCUCAGACUCUAAAUAAUGCACGUGAUUAUUAAUGCAGUUGGCCUUUCCAGGGCUUAGUAGCCUUUAUAGUAAAGGCUAUAGCAAUUCUUACCUAUCCCACUGCUGGGAAAAGAGAUCUUUCCCUUUAGUGUGAUCAAAUUUGAGUACUUAAGUGUUUGAUCAUCUAUUUGAUAAAAUUAGACUUCCCAUAAUUCAAUGUCAGCUAGUUAAUCAUCCAAAGAGUAGGACACCUUAGCAAUUGGGAGGUUUCUUACCUAGCACUGUGCUGUACUUGUGAAAAAAGGUUAAGCAGUCCUGUGGAGGCAGAAAAGCACAUUUUGGUGUCUCUUUACGAACCUUGACUCCAACAGCCCUGACAAUCAGUUUGUUAAAAUCAAGAGUAAGUAAUUUUUGUUCUAACACUCUUCAGAGGAAGUUAGGACUCCUGCCCCAUUAUGCUGUUUUUUUCUCCUUUAAAAAAAAAAAAAAGGCUCAGUUCUUGCUUACUUUUACCUCUUAGAAAUGUUAGAGUCUUAGACUCUAAAGCUUGCUGAGACUCUAAAGCUUGCUGAAAUGUGGAGAAGAGAUGAUGGGGAUAUGAUCAACUUCAACACUGUCUUUAACUGUGAACUUCCUGUUCCAAAUUGGAAUGCUCUGUAUUACCUGGAAGUAGAACUUGAGCCCUUUCUUCUGUACCAGGUCUGGUGUCUAGUGCAGAAUGGGACACAGAGAGAAACCCUUAGAGUACGCUGUGUCAAACUAGAUAUCCACUGGAGUCGUCUUGCAUCAGCUGGGUACGUACCUAUAAUGCAAUGAGUUUAGUAGCUCCAAAUAUCUCUCUCCUGUUUGAAAUUGUAGGCUACUGGUAGUGAGGUUGCUUGUAGUUUCUUACUCGCACUAGUGAGGUACUAGAAGAUCUGUUGAAAGGAGGCUCUGCACUUAUUCCUUUAAAAAAAAAAAUUGUCUGACCUUUUGGAAUGGAGUAAGAUUGUAGAACGGGAAGCAAGGUAGUUAAGUUGACGUUUUUGAGCUUGGAGAAUGCCAGGAGUGCUGUCUCUGCCUUACUAUCCGUUGGUUAACAAAGAUGUGGUGACUGCUAAAGCUAGCUCCAGGAAGAAAUUGCUAGAAUGAAGAAAGCUGCCUUAGGUGCAGCUGCCCACUUCAGCAUGUGAUCACAGGUCUCUUGACUGAAAUGUGACUUGAACAGGUGGAGUGUUUGAUGUGCUCAGGAGAUCAAAACCCUUUACUUCCACCACAGCUGCUUGUAAUGCAUACUUAAGAAUGUUAGCACUCAAAUAUUUAAAGAAGCUUUUGAACAGAAGCCUUCGUUCUGAGGAACAAGGGACCGGUCCCUUUCCCCUCCCUCCCUUAAGUGAGUGCAAUGUUAUUGCA